AUGCCGGCAACCAACCAGGGCUGGCCCGAGGCCUUCGGGUUCAAGAUAAACGGGACCGGUCCGUGCUACGUCGUCUGGGUGCAGGAGGGGAGCAGCGCGGCGGCGGCAGGGCUUCGGCUGGGCGAUGAGGUGCUGGAGAUCGAAGGGCAGCCCGUCUCCUCCCUGGGCUGCGAGGUGGAGGACAUCCUCGGGGACCAGCCGGAGCUCAAGGAGAAGGUGUUCACGGUCCUGAAGCAGUACGCGGCGGAGCGGAAGGUGGAGUACUUGGCCUACACCCUCUGCAUGGUCCUCACCCAGGAGUCCCACCAGGAUCUGCUGGACAGCAUCAGGAUUUUCAUCCCCAAGAAGCACCGGCAGCGGUUUGACGAGGGGGUGUCAACUGUGCGAGUUUAUAAAGGCAACAGAAGCUUUGGCUUCACGCUGCGCGGCCAUGCCCCGGUGUGGAUCGAGUCCGUCCUGCCAGGGAGCCCAGCUGAGAAGGCUGCUCUCAAGGCUGGAGACCGGAUCCUGUUCCUCAAUGGCCUGGACAUGAGGGAUAAGUGCAUCCCGCAGUCUCGGUCAGGCCCCGUCUCCCGGCUGCGCGUGCUGCCCUGCACUCACUGCAGAGGGGGAACAGAGACCAGCGCCGAUGAGCCCGGCGAAGCGUCCAGGCCUCGGCUUGCUCAUGACUCCGAUUCUGCCGACUCCCCGAGCACCUCCUCUGCCCUCACCUCCCUGCACUGGGUUGCAGAGAUUCUCCCCUCUAGCAUCAAGAUCCAGGGAAGGACCUUCACCCAGCAGCUGGAGCACCUGCUGACCCCCCCCGAGCGCUAUACCAUCUGCAAAGCGCUGGAAGGCUUCUUCCAACAUCGGACCAUUGACACUCUCAUUGUGGAUGUGUACCCGGUGCUGGACACACCGGCCAAGCAAGUCAUUUGGCAGUUUAUCUACCAGCUGCUGACCUACGAAGAGCAGGAGCUCUGCCAGCAAAAGAUUGCCAGGUUUCUUGGUUACAAGUCCUUGGCAGGUGAGAGGAGAGCCCCGGCGCUGUGGCGCGGCUCCUUUCGAGGGGCCUCCCUGUGCCGGGGAAGCCUUCGAGCCCGCCGCCCCGAGGAAGGGGGGGCUGCAGGCCAGAGCGAUACCAUCGAGGUCCCGGUUCGCCUGAUCCCUGGAGAGAGACAGGCUGGCGACGGCACAUCCCUCCCGGAGACACCCAACCCCAAAAUGAUGAGUUUCCACGAUGACCAGGGCAGCUACGUCACCAACGACGCCAGCAGCAGCGAGUACAUCAGCAGCAGCGACGAGGGCAGCUCCCUGACCUACUCCACGCUCUCGGACCACCUCGGGGAAGACUCGGAUUAUGACAAGCUGAGUGAUAUGGUCAAAUACCUCGACCUGGAGCUGCACUUCGGGACACAGAAGCCUACGAAGCCAACUCUCAUGCCUGAAAACUUUAAAAAGAAAGACGUGGUUGAAAUUUUGUCCCACAAAAAGGCCUACAACACAUCCAUCCUGAUAGCCCACCUCAAGCUCUCGCACAUGGAACUGCGCCAGAUCCUCAUGACGAUGGAGACGGACCGCCUGGAGCCUUCCCACAUCAAGCAGCUCUUGCUGUACGCCCCGGACGGGGAAGAAGUCCAGCGCUUCCAGAGCUACAAGGAGAACCCCUGCAAGCUCAGCGAGCCCGACCAGUUUGUGCUGCAGAUGUUGUCGGUGCCAGAGUACAAGAUCCGCCUGCGCAGCCUGCAUUUUAAGAGCACCCUGCAGGAGAAGACAGAGGAGAUCAAAGCCAGCUACGAGUGCAUCUGCAAGGCCUCUCUGGAGCUGAAAAGCAGCAAGAAGCUGGCUAAGAUCUUGGAGUUCGUGCUGGCUAUGGGAAACUAUCUGAACAACGGGCAGCCCAAGACCAGCAAAACAACAGGCUUCAAAAUCAACUUUCUCACGGAGCUGAACACAACCAAGACUGUUGAUGGGAAAUCCACCUUCCUGCACAUUCUUGCCAAAUCACUUAGCCAACAUUUCCCAGAGCUCCUGGGCUUUGCCAAGGAUCUUCCUACAGUGCCGCUCGCUGCCAAAGUGAACCAGAGGACUCUAACGGCUGACCUCAAGGACCUGCACACCACCGUCAGUGACAUCCAGAUGGCCUGCCGCAACAUGCCGGCUACCGCAGAGGACAGAUUUGCAGUUGUGAUGGCUUCCUUCCUGGAGAGUGCCCAGCCUGCCAUGCGGUCCCUGGACGACCUGCAGCACAAGGCCAUGGACGAAUUCAGCAAGGUCUUGUCCUUCUUUGGGGAAGACUCAAAAAUGACAACUUCUGAAGCCUUCUUUGGCAUUUUUGCAGAAUUCAUGAGCAAGUUUGAGCGGGCACUCAGCGAUGUGCAGGUUGGCGAGAGCCAGCGCAGCCCCAGGAUGACCUCCCCGCUCGCCUGGUGA